AUUUUAGUUCAUGUAUGUAAACCAUUGAUAUCGUGUUGUUAUACAGUCAUGUUAAGUUUAAACUUGAGAAUAACUUUUGUGGUAAUAGUAGUUUGCAGGAUGUACGCAGGUGCUGAUGGUUCUGUUACCAUAAGUUCAUCAGAAGUGACUGUUCCGGAGGGUUUAUCACUAACAUUGACCUGCAAUUAUACAGGAAUUGACAAGCUGUAUGUAAUAAGAUGGACAAACAAUGGCAAAGAUUCGGGACAUAAAUACGAUAUAACAAUUGAACAAUCUGAACCAUGUACAAUAUUUGGAAAACCUGGUCUCGAUAAAACUCUCUUCACCUACACCUGUUUCACGCUUACUAUUUUAAAUGUGACACGAGAUAAUCAGAACGACAACUUAACGUGUCAAGCAAAUCUUAAUUUUAACAGUGGCAAUAGCGUUAUCGUCAGUGUAUCAGUUCCUAUCAAAGAGGUGAUUAUGACAGAUCCUACGGAAUCCACAGUGACGAUGAACGAAGGCACUUCUGAGACAUUUAAAUGUAAGACGUCCGGUGGACUUCCCCAAGCCACGAUCAAAUGGUUCAAGGUGACUGACAACACGUGCUCUCAGUCUGGAUUGGAGAUCACGUCUUCGGUUUCAAGUCCUUUUGUCACUGAUGUGGAUGACUUGAAGCAAGUAGAAAGUAUCCUGACCUUCACCGCUAUAGGUUCAGAUAAUGGACUGAGAAUAUGUUGCACUGCCAGUAAUGUGGAAGGUGUGAAGCGUGUGUCUGGGACCAAAAUACUUGAUGUCAGAUAUGCACCAUCCGACCCUCCUGUUAUUGAAGGAUACGCUAGUGGCGGUACCUACAAUAUGAUAGAAAACAGCAUAGAAAAUCUCACAUGUAGCAGUUCGGGCGGUAACCCACUGGCGAAUCUAACCUGGAGCUGCUUCAACAACCAGAUGUCCAGUCCUAUUGAGCAAGGCAGAACGGUAAAAAGGGUUGUACAGUGGACAGCCAGGCGGAAUGAAAACGCCAGGUGCACUUGCACAGCAUCGCAUGCGGUCAGACCAAAUAAACAUCAGACUGCUUUUGUGAAUGUUAACAUUCUAUAUUCCCCAUCUACACCUCUUUUUAAAUUGGACAAUACGGCCGUUGGUUCUAGCAUCAGAAUUGUAAGCGACACUAUACAAACUGUUGAAUGUGACAGCUCCGGCAACCCGUAUCCCACUACGAGCGACUUUACCUGGAUAAAGGGCACCAAUGUAGUGGGCACUGGUCCUGUUUUGAACUGGCCGGGUGGAGUCAUGGUUGGUGAUGAUGGCAGCUACACGUGUACCGUAGAAACAACUCUGACACCAUCUGAUCAAAGUAAAGACGUCAAAAUUGCUACGAAUUCAUCAACAUUAGAAGUCACCGUGUUAUAUCCUCCAAAGCUUCAGACAUUUACGAGAGAAAGUGCGUUAGAAGGAUAUAGUUUUAUGAUCCAGUGUGUGUACAGUGUUGGAAAUCCGGCGAGAACAAAGUCAACAAUCACCAGACUAUUUAACGGCACCAGUUGGAGUGGAGACUCUCAUACAAUGCAUUCGAUCAACCGCGCAGACGCCGGUCUUCACAGAUGUACAGUCGAAAACACGAUGGAUCCUACCGGAGCAGACACACAGACAGGAACUGACACAGCUGACUUUGAAAUAAACGUUUGGUAUCAAACCUCAAUUUCAAGAUUUGAAUUCAGUGCCUUUUCAAACCAAACCAUCAUUACCGUAAACGAGUCGGAACGACUUAUGCUCGUUUGUGAGGUUCUAAGCAACCCUAAUUCUACGAUCCGAUUGAAAGAAAACCACAUGGCAACAGUUCUAAAGGAAGCAACAAAUGCCCUUAAAGUAGAGUACCUCAUUCAAAAUGCUACAUGCUCUGAUACUUCUGUCUACACAUGUACCGCAUUCAAUAACUACACAGAUAUGGAAAGGGCGCCAUCCAAAGAGUUGCAGCUGUUUGUUCGAUGCUCACCCAGACCUUCAAACCAUCACAGUCAGUUACGACGAAAUUUCACUGGAUUCUUACACGGAAAUGUUACCUUUGUCUCGAUGGUAUUUGCAUAUCCACCGCCAGAGUUUAAAUGGAAAAUGUGGAAUGGAACAUAUUAUAAAGAAGUAAAUGAAGACAACUAUGCUAUAUUUUCCUCAUAUCUAUUAACAUCAUUAACCAUUUUGGACAUAAAAGAAGACAAUUUUGUCUCCUAUGCUGUUCAAGUUUCGAAUGGAAUUCAACCAGAUUUGCAAGAAAUAUUUCACCUCAAACAUCAAGUGAUUACAACCACUUCAGAAGACGGAGGCUCAAAUCAGGCCUCUGUUAGUGGUGGUGUGAUAGGCGGAUGUUUAUGCAUAAUCCUGGCUGUAGUUGUAAUUGUGUUACUCUUGAAACGGAAAUACGACUGUUCCAUCAAGAUGUCGAAAAAGAAAGAUAUCCAAACCGAAAAUGACUUCCAAGAAUCUGACAACCUGGGAUUCAACGCUGCCGUCACGUAUGAGAUAAUGCCGGUGGAAAAGGAAUCAACUGAUUAUGAUGCUCUUAACGCUGGAAAUGAUCGACCCGAAAAAUCACACAUCUACAUGUCGUUGGACGAGUCAACCUCUACCCGGAAUCCGCCCUGCGAGAAUUCAAAAUCAGAGGAUCCCGUUUACAAGAACACGAAGCGGAAGAACUCGAUGCAAAAAAAUCUUUAAUAUGACAUGUACAUUGAUGAAACAAAAUACAUCAUGACGACCAUAAUUGUAUGUAAAAUAUUCUACAAGUAUUAAAUGUUAAUUGUUUUAAGCAAUUCAAGACUGUUUCCAUGUGCACAUUCAAUAUAGCAUCCUUUGAUUAUUGUCGGGUUUCCUAUUUGCGUUAGUUUGAUAAACGAUAAAGGCAUGCACCAUGGCAAAUUUUGCCCUAAGUAAUCCAAAUACUGCGCAUAUUAACAGAAAGCCUUUGUUUCUUUUUGCGUAUGAAUGUUUUUGCAAAAAACAUGAAAACAGAACUAAAGUAGUUAACGAUUCAUAAUUUAAUUGUUCUUUUUACAUUCAAAUAUGCAAGAUUUGUAUAAGUCGAUUUUUUUUAAUAAAUAAUAUAUGCAUUAGCCACAACUCGUGACUAAUACCCUAGACGUUUUGGAUAAAAAAAAACUCUAAGCGCUCUUGCAAACACUUUUCCUUUUGCUCGGUUGGUAAAUAUGGUAACUCCGAUUGUCCGAGUUUGAAUAUAAAAAUGUUCUAUUAAAUGUAAUACAAUUAUUAUAUAUGUCAGCUUCCAAUUAUGAAAAUAGUCACAUUAGGAUAACCGCCUAUUUUCAAGAGAAUCAAGUAAUUAAAUAUAAAUCAUGAAAUAAAUCACUACUAUGAUAGCUUUGUUAUUUGUAUACACAUACGUAUUUACGUAUUAUCUAAAUUUCUUAAGCACAUGUUAUUACAUUGGUAAAGUUCAUAGUGUAUGUAAUCAUAGAGUUUCAAUUGUACUAGAAAUUACAUGUAAAUAGUUUUGCUUGUUUUGUAGAUUUUUCUUUGCGUAUUUAUAGAUUUAAAUAGUUCAACCGUUUGUCCAUUAUUCUUUUGGAAUAGUCUACUAGGCUUAUUACGGCGAAUAUGGCCCAUUGCAUUUACCACUAUCUAGAUAAGUAUUAAGUUUAAUUAUAA